AUGCUCGAUACAACCCAGCUUCUGAUCCUAGGCGUCAUCGCGGCGCUGGGAUAUGUUGUGUUCAAUGGAUAUGGAUCUCGGCACGAUCCUCGUGAACCGCCGAUGGUGACUAGCGGGAUACCAAUAGUCGGGCAUAUGUUCGGCAUGCUACGGCAUGGAGUUGGACACUGGGGCAACCAGGCCAAGAAGCAUCCCCAACAUCCAAUUAUUGGACUUGACAUGCUGUUUACCAAGUUCUAUGUGAUCAGUUCGCCAGAUCUGAUGCAGGCCGUGCAGCGCAACUCAAAAACUAUCAGCUUUGAACCACUUCUCUUAUUCGGCGCCAAGAAUAUCUCCGGUAUCUCGGACCCUAAGACUCUAGAUAUUCUCAAGGGGACUGAGUCGGGCGGCCAAGGUCUCGGUGCCAAGAUUAUGCAUUCCAUGACUCCAACCUUGGUGGGCAAGUCUUUGGACCAGAUGAAUAUCCGGAUGGUUCAAUUGAUGCGGCCAUUCAUCGACAGGAUGGGGGAGACUUCCACUGUUGAUCUGUACGAGUGGUGUAGGGAUGCCACAAUGGCUGCUAGUACGGACGCUACAUAUGGGCCAUUAAACCCUUACAAAGAGCGGGAAAUCCAAGACGCGUGGUGGGACUUUGAGAAUGGCCUCGGCCCACUCAUGGCCAAUACGCUGCCGUGGCUCACGGCACGAAAACCAUGGAAAGGUCGCGAGAAGGUCGCCAAAGCAAUUCUAAAAUACCUGCAGGCGAAUGGCGCGGAGAACGCAUCUGAUCUCACAGCUGUGCGAUUAAAGGAAUCCACAGAGGGUGGCCUCACUAUGGAAGAGUACUCCCAGCUUGAAGUUGGUAUGCUAAUUGCGUUUGUAUCGAAUACAAUCCCUGCCAUGUUCUGGUGCCUCUUCGACAUAUAUUCCCGACCUCAGCUCCUUGACGAAUUACGCAAGGAAGUUGAGGGCAAUGCUCUUUCCGUGGCGGCAGAUGGCACACAUAACAUUGACUUGGCUGCAAUUCGGGAAAGCUGUCCUCUUUUGAUUUCCACAUUUCAGGAGGUCCUUCGCACGCGCUCGAAUUCUUCUCCAACACGUCUUGUCACGACGGACACACUCCUUGCGGACAAGUACCUUCUAAAGGCUGGAAACACGGUCAACAUGCCGUCUAUUCCAAUAGGCCAGCGCCCCGAUGUCUGGGGGAAAACUGCUGGAGAGUUUGAUGAGCGUCGGUUCAUGAAGCCGGCGCAGUCCAAUGACCAAUCUGGGGACAAGAAAGACUCUCGGCGGGCGGGCGGAUUCCUGACCUUUGGUCUAUCGCCGACAGUCUGUCCCGGCCGGCACUUUGCCAGCUCCGAAAUUUUGCUUGUGGUGGCUAUGGUGAUUCUUCGGUACGAUCUAGCCCCUGUUGGUGGAGUUUGGAAGGAGCCGAGGAAGGACACGACGAGCAUGGUUUCGAUAACGGGGCCAGUGUUGGACAAGUUCCCUGUUAAUGCGACGCCGAGAAAGGAAUACGAAGGUGCCGAGUGGGAUUUCCAUGUGGAAGAGGGCAAAGGACAAUUCCCGCUAGUUAUAGGAUAA